AUGAAAAGUGUAACCACUCUUCUUGUUCUGCUCCUAUAAUAUUUUAGUUUGCUUUAAUUUCAGCCCUAUAAUGUUAAAGCUUUGAAUAGGUUUGAGUAAGAAAGUAUAAUUUUGUGUGGCAUAAUCAUUAUUUUAAGUUCUUUAAAUUUUUAAACAAAGUUGACUGAAUCUUAAAUUAUUGAUUUUCUCCUUUAGAUUUUAUAAAUUAUUUUUUCUCUUUAUUUUAUCUACUCUAUAAUCUACAAAGUUAUUCUAGUUUAUUACACUAAAUAUGAUGAAAGAUUAGAUUCAUUUAGAAGAAAAAUUUUCUAGAGAUUUCCAAAGAUAAGAUAAAUGUUUCCUUCUUUAAGAAAGCUUCUGGUCAUAAGAAGCGAAAGAAGGAAGAUUGUUCUUUUUAGAUUUUAAAUAAUUAAAAAAACAUUUUUUAAA